GACACGUGGGGGAUCGGUCCGAGACGUUCCGAUCGAAGGUGGCACGAACGACGUCGUUUAGGUUAACCACCGGUAUUUACGCGAGCACAGUGGUGUGCGCGUUCAUCCGUUGCGAGGAUCCCGCGCGACCUAGAGUUUACCGCCACCUUUGCUUCCCCGUCGCUUCCCUCCUGUUUCUCCCGUCCACGUACUUGAAAUUGUCGCGAGUAUCGAAUGCAAGUAAAAAAAAAAAACACCAUACGGUUUUGAAGUUUUUUCGUUACACACGUAGCCUCAUAUUUUCCUCUUUUGCUUCUUCUCCUAAAAAGAAAGAUCUAGAAUUUCGAUGGCAUUUGUACUCUCGUGAGGAGGGGUAACAUUUGAUAACGACAAGAAACACAGUUGAUAAGGAAUUUUUGAUAAGCUUUGUAUCCCCGUCAAAUUUCUAGAAACUGCUUGAGAAACAUGAUAGUAAUGCUGAUGCAGGAUUCUUCUCUCAUACGGAACACAUCGGACUGAUAUUAGUUUACAACAGAAAGGAAUGUUACCGCUUGUUUACUGAUUUUUUUUUAAAAUAAAUAAUUACAACUGACAAUUAUUUUAUACUUAGUAUGGUACAUGCGACAGUUGCUUCUCAAACUGCAAGCUUGACUAUCAACACUUCAAGAAUUAUUGCUCCUCGAAUAAUACAUACACAUAGCAUAGACAAAUAAUUUAAAACAUUAUUACGUGUGCAUACAGUCUGAAAUACAAAACAUACUCCUUUAAAACACACAAACAAUUGAAUUAAUCUGUCAUCAGUCUCCUGUGAUUGUAUUCUGUUGUGUGAGAUUAAGAUUUUUGUAAAAACCAAAUUCUUGUCUUCAAAUUCUCACAAUUGUUAAAAAUCAUCUUCUGUAUGUGUUCCCUUAUUGCUUUUCAUCUUUUGUGUAAAUGUUUUCCACACUCUCCGGUAAUCUAAGCCAUGGCUCGAGUAAUUUAUUCCCAGAUGGUCUUACAGAAAAUAAGGUUCAAGAAUACAAGGAUUCUCUUAAAACCAAGGCAGAGGAACUGUUGGUGGAAGGAUUUCCCGAGAAAAUAGUCAAAUUAAACGAAUUGCUAGAAACGCCGGGAUUCUGUAAUCGCAAAUUGUCAGAUGUACAUCAAGAGUUGAAUGUACCCAUUCCAGACCCCAUAAUUAUUAAUCAUUCCGAAGAUGGUCCUGCCACAAAAAAGCUCAAAGUGGACAAUAAUAGCGAGGAGACCAGCGGAACCAAAGUUAUGGUACUUCCAAACGGUCCGGUACCUUGCAACAAAAAAUUAUGUGACUUGAUUCACAUAGUCAAACCCUACAUUAGAGAACUCCUAGAAGAUUCCAACUUGCUAAAAAUGUGGAUCUCUUUUCUGAUCCCAAAAAUUGAGGAUGGAAACAACUUUGGAGUAUCUAUUCAAGAGGAUACAUUAUCCGAAAUCCAAUCAGUUGAAAGCGAAGCUGCUGCAUUUUUCGAUCAAAUUUCUAGGUACUUCAUUUCGAGAGGGAAGAUAGUUAGCAAAGUCGCUAAAUAUCCACAUAUUCUCGAUUAUAGAAGGGCUAUCCAAGAACUUGAUGAGAAAGAAUACGUAAGCUUGUGGCUUGUUAUGUGCGAGGUCCGCAAUCGCUAUUGUUCGCUUCACGAUCUUGUAAUCAAGAACCUGGAAAAGAUCAAACGGCCACGUUCCUCUAACGCGCAGUCGCUAUAUUAGGCGGUAAUCAGUCAUGAAACAAAAAAAAAACACUGUGCAGAACGCUAUGUGUGUGCGAAAUGAUUACAUCACAACAACAACAACAACAAAAUCGAAAAUAUAAUUGAAAUAAAACUCACACAGACACAUCAAUAUCGACAUAACUUAAUUGCCUUGACAUUAGUUCAUUAUGCGUUUUACCGAUUUAUGGCACUAGAAAUAAAAAAAAAAAAAAAAAAAAAAAAAAAAAGCGGUGACUACACUUAAACUUUACUGAAAAUUGUAUUGAAUUAGCUCUUCUUAAACUCGGAAAUUCUUUUGGGAUCGAAGCAAAAUCGAAAAUUGAGAGGUGAAUCCGAGCGCUUCUUUCUUCUUUUGCGCCUAGACCAAUUGUCCCGAUUGUUCAAGAAGGAAAAAGCAAAAUAAAUGUCGUAAACACGUCUAUUCACGACAUAACUUUUUUAUAUCGAUGGGAAAUGGCGACAAACGUGUAGAAAGCGAGUGGAAAUUUUUCUGAUUUAAGAAGGAGCUACUAUGUAUGUAGACUACUUAAUAACUUAUUUGUACAUUUAAGAUUAUAUAAUCGUCAUCUUUUAUUAUUAUAAAUAUGGAAGAAAAUCUAUAUCUUCUCAAUCACCAGCUCACCAGCUCUAGUCUUCUGUAAGUUCUAAUAGUGUAUGCAUUACGAAUUGUUGCGCAGACAAAAGUAUUGAUGCGCAACGAUACGACAACGAUAUACGAAAUUAUUACGAGUUACAGAAAGGGACUGGGAAUUAAUAUUGCUGAUAUUUAGUUUUUCCGAUCAAAAUCUCAGGAUUUGCUUUUGUGAGAUCAAAUUGCACUUUUAAUAUUCUUCCAAAUUUAUUGUCUCCCAAAACGCUUCGUCGAAGAUUUUAACCAAACCAACUUUGAUAUGUUUGCAAAAAUUGCAAUUAAAUUUCGUUGUUAUAUUGUACAUUAUUUUAAGCAAGAUCACAUGUAGAGUCUUAUCACAUCUUGAAAUGUGACAAGAGAAAAGUAAGAAGAGUAAAUUGGCGAUCGAAUUGAAUUUAGUGUAGUUUCAGCAAAAACAAAACACUUGUUUGUAAUAUAAAGUACAAUAUAUACAUAACGAGAUUGGAAUAUAUAAGUGGAGCUAUUAAAUAAUAAUUGGUGUAGUGGUAA